AUGUUACCCCCAGACUCGGCGCACGUUCUCGUGCACAUCGUGCUUCUCGCUGUGAUCGUGUUCGCGAGCCAUCCAGGGCCCUACGACGCCCACGAUGAUGUCCACGCUUCCCUGUUAUCGGUUCUGGCCAGAGGCCAGCUUGUCAUUGAGUCGUUUGUACCCAUUCCUCUUCUCCUGGGACUACGAGUGCCUGCGACGGCAUCGGCUCUAUUGGGCAUUGGAACUCAAAUCCUCUCUGUCCUCAUUGUGAUGCUUAACAGCGCGGUAUGUUUAGGCAGCUACGUCGGCGUUGUCGACCUCUCAACCUGGUCGCCAUCGGCCUCACUGGCCCAGUUGUCGUCACUCUUGUCUGUCUCCGUGCCGCUGUACACGCAGCAUUCAUUGUUCUUGGGCUCCACGGAAUGGCUUGAACGCUGGCUUGGGGUUUGCGAGGUGAUCAUUGGCAUCUGUGGCGCGUUGGGGGCCAACCUGUACGACCUUGUUGCCCUUUCUUUCGUUCUUUUGGUUGCGAGGAUAACCCAGGUCGCAGGCGGAGCUGGCGAGAAGGAAGAUCAAGAGCCAACACGGGAUCGCGGUCAUUGGAAAGAUCUCGGCUCUGUAGUACUACUCAUCCCGCUCCUUAUGCUGCGCAGCGUACUAGCGACUCUGGUUGUUCCAGUCCUGAUAUACGGGACCCUGUUUCACUUCUCAGAGUCCCAUAUCGCUCUACAUCCCGCGCGCCGGUUUCCUCUGGACAAGCUCGUGUGGGUGGACGCGUUCGGCGUCUUUGGGAGCCACGGCGAGUCAGCCGAGGAGGAAGACCAGGCCCAGCGCGUCUUCGUCGUGGAUCCCCUCGUUCGCCGACACCCAUGGGCGCUAGAGUUGGCCUCCGUUCCGGACGAUCUGGACGACCGCCAGAGGGAAUACGUGCACAGCCACCUCGCACCGGGAGAGAUGGUGCACCUACGCAGUCGAACCACAGGCCGGUAUCUGGCUCCCGUCGAGGGGCGACCGUCCAUCAUGGACCGGGAAUUGGGCGUGGGAUACGAACAUGAUGCGCAAUUCCGGCGCUGGGAGGUCAGCGCCCGCUUCAAUCGUUUGCCGUCGUGGAACACCAUUUGGAUUCUCAAGUACGACCAGCGGCGCGACACGGGGCUUCGGCUGUACAACCCGGCAAACAAGUCAUCCCUCGCGACUAGUUUUCGCACCUAUGUCGACUAUGACGGAGACCGCAGCAAUAAUACGGUGCAGCGCGAAAUGCAACAAAUCGUCGAGGCGACGUGUACAACGGGGGCGAGUGACCAGGCCUCGACGCUUUGGAUCGUGGACGGAGGUCCCCGGCCGGACAACAAGCGGCUGUCCGCCAUCCAGCGAGGUCAAGCCCUUGUGCUGGCCCGCGUCGAUCUGCACAGGUGGCGCAGCUUGCACGGCACGACACUAGAGCUUUUGCCACGCCCUCCCUUUGCCGGCAGCCAGGUUUCGCAGUUCGCCAAGCUGGUAAAGAGGCUUGUCCUGGGCACCUUUGCUGUGCUUGACGUGCUGUGUCGCUUGCGUCGCCAGCGGCUAGGCGGGAUGGGUCCAUCUGGCACGAGUGCAAAGAAGACAGUCGAAGCGUUUGCGGUGCCUGUAUGGGUGCACAUCUUGGUGUUCUGGGGUUUGGGUUUUCCGAGGGCGAACGGCAACCAAACAGCUUUGAUGCUGGCCAUCUUGAGCCUUGGUAGUAUUUGGCACGAGAUGAAAGGUCAUGUACGGGUACUGGAUAGAAGAGCCAGGCACAGGAAAUAG